GUUUUAUGUAAUAGGUUUUCCCAGCUCACCGUCACUGCAGAAGCAAAGCGCGAAUCGCCGUCGUCGACUAUCACAGCAACGAAAACAUGGCAGAGACCAAGCGAAAAACCAGAGACGACGGAAGUAGACAACGGAGCAGCAGCAAGAAGCCGAAAACCAGCAAGAAAGGCAAGAGCGCCGAUAAGGCAGAAAGAAGAGGCCCUCGCUUGCCCAACGCUCUGCGGAAGGAGCUCGACCGCUUAAACCCUAGAACCGCCGACUCCGACGAAGAGAUUGGCUCCGAUGAAGAGGCUUUGGGCCAGGACCUGUAUGAGUAUGAAGAGGGACUGCCGGAGGAGGAGUCCAAGAAGAACCGCCGGUUCGACCCCGUCGAUAACCUCGAUUAUGAGCUACCUGAGGACUUCGAGGAUGAAAAUGUGUCAUCUGAUGAUGACAAUGAGGCCAGGAACGGUGGAGAGAGUGAGGCGGAUGACGAGGUUAAAGAGGAAAAUGAUGGAAGGAGAAUCGGAGAAAUGCCGACCCAGACUGUUGAAGGGAGGAGGAAGAAGAUGAACAAUGUUGUGGUGUCGGAGGCAUAUCCCGAGUCUGAGUAUAACCCUACUCGUGAUAUGUUGGAGGGUGAAGGAGCACUUAGCAUUGGAGACCUUCUGGACCCUCUCCAAGGGAAACAUGGUUAUAGCAAACUUAAGAAGAGAGUACGUAUUCUGGAUAAGAAAUCUACACCCAUUCAAGCUCCACUUCCCAAGCCUGUGCAGCAGAGAUUGGAGAGGAAUGCAGCAUAUGACAAAUCAAAGGAAGAGUUAAGAAAGUGGGAGCCAAUCGUAAAGAGGAAUAGGGAGGCGCCUACCAUAUACUUUGAUGAUGAUAGGGAUCUAGGGCCUUCAUCUGUGGGAACAAUAGCAUCUGAAUUUGAACCUCGAACUGAGUUCGAGAAGAAAAUGGCUUCAUUACUUUAUGAUGACGAGGUUAUGGAUGCUCACAGAAAAGAUGGUUCAAGGCUCCUUGAAUUAAAUAAGGUAUCUGCUGAAGAUGAAAAGGACCGCCAGAAUCGAAUCGCCAAAAUGCGCAGCCUUCUGUUCCGGCAUGAGUUGAAGUCAAAACACAUAAAAAACAUCAAAUCCAAAACCUAUCAUCGUUUGUUGAAGAAAGAUAAAUUGAAGGCGAACUCUUUACAAAGUCAAAUGGAUCCAGAAGCUUCUAAAGAACUUGCAAUGAAGCAAGAGUAUGAACGAGCAAAGGAACGGAUGACUCUGAGGCACAAAGGCAGCUCUAAGUGGGCAAAGCGCAUAAAAGAGCGUGGUCUAGAUGUCCAAGAUGAUGGUACUCGAGCUGCUAUAGCCGAACAGCAGCACCUGCAUGCUCAGCUGACAAGAAAAAUGAAUUCUAUGAAAGAUAGUGACACCAGCAGUAAUGACACUAGUGAUGAUGAUGAUGUGGAUGUUAACUCAGACGACGAGGAUAGGGCAUCAAAGUUGUUAGAAAAAGCAAAGGAGAAGACACUUAAACUGUUAAAUGAAGAUAAUGAAGUUCCAAACUCAGGAGUGCUUAGUUUACCUUUCAUGGAACGUGCAUCUAAAAAAAGAAUGAGGCAGCUGCUGAAGAAGCUAAACUUGCUCUUCAAGAGUGGGGGCAAUCCAAAAGUAGGCCGUCCGAGUGGGAGAAUGGUCUUCAAUGGAAAGGACGCUCCAGAAUCAAGUAAGAAGACUAAAUCAGAUAACAAGAAUAGAUCAGAUAAUUAUUACGGUGAUAGUGAUAGUGAUAGUGAAGAUGACUUGGAACCCAUCAGUAUUUCCCAACAUGGGAAAUACAGAAGUAAUGAAUUAAUGAAGGAUGCCAACAUUUCUCCUGUUUUACUUCAUGAAGAUUCUGAAAAUCAUAAGGAUUCUUUUUUCAAGCAAAACACUGAUGGUAGCGUGCAAGACCCAGGUCCCCAGGCAACACAUGAAGUUUCUAUUUUUGCUUCAGGCACAUGGAGAAAGAUGAAGAAUGGAAAUGACGCAAAUGCCAAUGCCAAUGCCAAGAAGUCUCCUGCACCCCUGCAAUCAGUUGAGCUUGAUCAGAGUGUGCAAGAACCUGUAAAGGAUUUGGAUGUGGACAGUGAUGCAGAUAGCGAGGGACAAAUGGUAGAUGGGGUUCUUUCAGCUGUACCAGAACCAUCAUAUGAACUUCCUUCCCAAGAAGAGCUAAUUCGUCAAGCCUUUGCAGCAGAUAACGUGGAGGAUGAGUUCAAGAAAACAAAAGAGGAUAUUUUGAAUGAGGAAAAUCCCGAACCUGAAAAGCCUGUAUUACUCCCUGGGUGGGGUCAGUGGACUAACAUACAGAAAAAGAAAGGAAUACCUUCUUAUAUGCAGAUAGAACAUGAUAGUGCCAAGAAGAAGAGGGAAGAAGCCCUUAAACAAAGAAAAGACGCAAAUCUCAAACAUGUUAUUAUCUCUGAGAAGCCGCCAAAUAAAAAGUCUCAGAACCUUUUCACACAAUCAUUGCCCUACCCUUUCACGUCCAAAGAAGUUUUUGAACAGAGCAUCCGCAUGCCCCUUGGUCCUGAAUUCAACCCUGCAAGUAUGGUUGGAGCUCUUAAUCGACCUGAAGUGGUAAAGAAAUCUGGUGUAAUUAUAAAACCCAUCGAGUUUGAGGAGGUGAAUGCUUAUGAAAAAUUAGAGGGGCACAAAAAGAGUGGACAGAAACACAAGAAGAACCGCAAGAGCAAAAGCAAUAGCAAUAGCGGCAAAAAUAUGACAAAGUUGAAGACUAAAUAACGAGAGCUACUUAACAGGAGUUCAAUUUUUGCACUGUUUUCGGGAGCCGUUUUCUUUUGGUUUCCAUUUUGGAAAAUGCGAUGAAGAGUGAGGGAGAGAGAUCAUGCGUUAUGUAUAUUUUAUUGUACUGAUGAGUGGAAGAAAGAACUAGAGGUAGGAUUGAUCAUUGUAUUUUUAUUUUUUUGGUUUUUCACAAGUGUAGAGGAUGUUACAUUUUGCCAAGUUAAGAGAAUAAUAUUUACUUUUUUAUGAUUUGUA